UCUUUGGGACACGUCACCAUAAAAUUUGUGGGUGGUAGGCGUGUUUACAGGUGGGCUUUAUUUAGGAAAAGCCGUAGUAGCCUUGACAACGCAGAGCUGACACAAUAUCAAAAAAGUACUCAAACAAAGCUAUUGUAAGUGGCCGGCUAUGACUGACUUGACAGAGGAGGAGCUACAGAUACUGUAUGCCUGGAUUGAUGAGAUACCGUUGUCUCGACAGAAGAAGAAUAUUACAAGAGACUUCAGUGAUGGUGUCAUGGCGGCGGAGGUGGUCCAUCAUAUCCUACCCAGUCUGGUGGAGCUACACAACUACACACCCGCCAACGCCACUCAACAGAAACUCGAUAAUUGGAGGACCCUCAACCGGAAGACAUUCAAUCGUUUGAACUUUAGCAUCCCAGAUGACCUGCUGCAAGGUGCAGCAUCAUCCAAGCCAACAGUGGUUGAGUUCAUCCUCUCUACCCUGCGCCUGAAGAUGGAGAAAUAUUUGGAGAACUCCUCUAAAAAGGCCACCUACCAACAGCAAGAUGUCUACUAUGACCCUCAGGCAUUUACCCCCAGUGAUGUGGGGCUCUGGAAACAGGACCUUAUUCCCCGACACCCUGGGGCUGCCCCUCCCCUCUCCUCUGAUGACUACCCUCAACUACACUCUGUAUCUAGGAUCCCUGUACCACAACUCAAGGGGUCUCGUAACAACUCAAUAUCUGCCCCCUCCCACCACGCACUACCCCCCGUGAAUCACAGUGGGGGGUUGGUUCACAGUGGGGGGCCUCGUAGCCACUCACACCCAGAGAAGAAGACUGGGAGAUACACACAGAAAAUUAGGCACCCUCCUGUGGUCCACCCUAAACAGAAGGGACGUGACAACAGUGCCGGUGUGUCUAUCAAACUAGCAGAGAAGGAUCAACGAAUCCUCGAGUCUCAGGAAUGUAUGCAGUUCCUACAGAUGAAGGUCACACGUUUAGAGCAUCUCGUGCAAAUCAAAGACAUGAAGAUCAAUGAACUAAAGAGACAGUUAGAAAUGUUCGGACAAAACCAUCAGAGACCAUUUCAAAGAAGAUAGCAUUCAAAUUAUUAUUAUUAUUAUUAUGACAUUAUAAAUUAUUGUCUCCCUUGUUCUACAUCAUCAAAGAUUAAUUGACAAAAAAAGUUUUCAUUUUG